AUGCUGCAUUACGCUGCAUACAAUGGCCGCUUGGAUGUGAUCAAAUGGCUGCUUAGGGAAGAUAAGCCGCGUCGUGGUGAGCUUGCAUUGACAGCGCUAGAUGUGACUGGAUACUCUGUUCUGCACUACGCCGCGAUGGCUGCACCACUGGAAGUCUGCGAAUGGUUAGUACUAGAAGCUCCAGGCCGCCAUCAACUGACUCUCACAGCACGUACAAAGGAGGGGAAGACAGCGUUGGAACUCGCAUCAACGCGUCCGGCUUCCAUUCGACAUUUCCUGGCUGAAAUCUCUCAAGUGCCUCGCGUGCCAUCAAAUUUGCGUUGUAUAGGUGCUGACACAACGUCGCUGGGGGUCAGCUGGAGUGUGGAGCCAGCUAGCAACGAUACCAGACUAGGGGAGGAAUUGAAGCCGAUGUAUUUCCAUUUGGAGGUGUGCAAGAAGCCUGUCAGUCUGUCUCGAGCCAGUGGGUUUCUCACGAUGCUCAUGCUCAUGCCCUCGACAUCACCAGGCAGUCCGCGAGCUCCAAGCGCGGUAUCAUCUGCGCUUCUGUCGGCAUCCUCUUUGCUGCAUUGGGAGCCAUUGGGCGUGUUAUUGCAGCCAGAGGCACGUGAGCACUGGUUGUGCUGCCUAGAAAGGGAUACAGAGUAUCUGGUACGCAUGCGUGCACGCAAUCGCAACGGCUUUAGCGGCUACACGGUACCAAAUCUCUCGGGCGUUUUCACGACUGGUGACGGUGGUCGGCGACGAAGUCUCUCGAGUCUCCAGCGGUUCUUUGGAGCCAUCAACGAGGAUCGUCCAGCUGAGUCCAUUGCUUUAUCAUUUAUUGGAGACUUGCACUUUGAGCUGCUGGAGGCUCGAGGUCUGCCGCGUUCUUCUCCCGUGGCAAUACCGACAAGCUCAAAUCUCACCAACAAGGCACCCCAGGAGCGCUAUUACGCUGUGGUUACGGUCGAAACACCUUCAACGCCUGAUGUUGCAUGCAGCGAAAGCUCCUGUAGCAGUACCAGAUUCAUUUACUGUGGGCGGUCGCAGCUUGCGACGCUGCAACACGACUUGGUUGUUACAGGGAGCCCACAGGUAUGGCGUCAUCCUCGAUUUUCCCUCAAAAGCGUAUUUCGAGCACCCGAAGCGCUGGCACUAACACAAGUGACAAUAGCAGUCCACCACGAAAGCCAGGACCAAAGGGAGUCGUGCUGUGUGGGUAAACUCUCGCUCUCUUUGCUGAGUCUGGUGCAAGGGAUGCCAGCCAAAAUGCAGUGGCUACCGCUGGUUAACGUGAUUAGUCCGGAGACGAAUGGGGGCUUGGUUCUCGUUCGCACAUUGUUUCUGCCGAAUGGGGUGUCUGCACUACCGCAUGCAACUCUACCAAACACUUGGCCAGCAACAGCAGAGGAGCUGCUGAGUGCAUCAGGGCAAGACGAUGACAGCGGGUCACCUCCUGGGUCCUCAUCCUCGACAGCGUCUACGUCAUCGUCGUCUUCGUCUUCGUCCCAGUUUUCACAUCCUUCAAUGCUCGUUGACAGUUUGGGCUUUGGGGUGUUUGACCCAGAGAUGAAACUGUGGAAUGGCGAGUGGCAACGAAGCAAGUCUGUGUCGGGUGUAACGAGGUCUUAUGCGUACUACAAACUUCUCAUAGAAGGCAUCGAGCAACAGCAAGAAAAGCGGUGGCGCUGUCUCCGAUGCAGCCUCCACACUUCAAACACAUUGGAGACGUGCAAUCUCACGGGAAUUCGAGGAGCACUGAGUAGGUCCCACAAUGUUCCCAUAGUGGCGAAUGACUUCGGAUUGUGCGUCUUUGAUGCAACUCGAAAGCGCGCAGUUGGAGAGCUGGCGUGGCAAGGUAUUCCAAUGUCGCGACGCCCCGAAGCGUAUACACAAAUGAGUGGAGCGCUGAUCACGAAGACUCACUACCCGGGGAACUAUUUCCUCAGCCUGAUAAAGCGUCUCGAAGACCCGACAGAUGAAGUUCAUUCUGGUGCCAUUGCCUCGCGUUUUUCGGUAGCUAAGAAGCAGAUCCAAGCGGACUUGAAGCGUACAUUUGCAGGCAACGACAAAUGUUGGCUCACAUCUCCAAUGGGGCAACAAUCUCUAGAGCGUGUGCUGCUGGCCUAUGCCUUGCACAACGAAUCUCUUGGUUACUGCCAGUCCAUGACUUUCGUCGUAGGGCGAUUGCUGUGCCUCUACCACUCUCAACGACCAAAAUCAUCCGAUGACCCCUUCCAAGUCGAGGAGCGAGUAUUCUGGCUCCUCCACGUGAUCUGCGAAGACCUUUUCCCGUCGUAUUACACACAAGGAAUGACGGGGCUACACGUGGACGGUGGUGUGCUCGAGAAGCUCAUACGGAUGCGGCUUCCGAAGUUGCAUCGGCAUUUCCAGCGGCUCCACCUCCCGCCAAUGGGUCUUGUACUCGUGACGCAAUGGCUGCUACCUCUUUGCUGUGCUGCUUUCCCAAGCGAGACCACCUUCCGGUUCCUGGACGUUCUCUUCCUUGAAGGAUCUUCAGUCGUCUUCGCGAUGGCCAUAGCUCUACUUCGCAUUUCGCAGCAUGAAUUGCUAGCUCAGAACGUGGAUUGCAGUCAGCUUUUUCGCUUCAUUCGAGCUCGCGACCAGCGUCUUCACGACGCUCCGUUGCUGCUGGAAGUGGCGUACCAAGAACAUCAAGUGCUAAGCCCACAAAUUGGUUCUCUGCGACAGAAUGUUGCUCAAGAGCUUGGCAUCUAUAAAGGCGAAAAUGUACAAGUAGCCAAGCCGAUGAAGUUGUCGAGUCUCCCGGUCGAUGAGCUGCGACCAGGAGACGUGGAAAUUCACAUCUAA